AUGCAGCAACAGCUGCGUCCUGUUUCAGCUGCCUUGGUCAAUGGUACCGGCCGUCUGGAUGUGUACAGAGCCAGUGCUGCAUCGCAUCAGCAAACCGGGCCUAAUCAGAUCCAACCGGUCUACGGGCAGGACCUGGUCCCAGCUCCCAAUGGGUCGGUCCCCACCAAUCGGUACUUGUCAGUGAUCCACGUGUCUCACACCAGUUGCCUUGUUUUUUUCCCCCUCAUUCUUGGCUCAGACCUGCGGGUCGAGUCUCACCGCGGCCCGCAUCUUCUCUUUCACAAUCUAAACGAUGGCUCUUGUCCGCCUAUACGACAGCAGGCCAAGAUACCGUGUCGCGACCUGCUUCCUUUUGUGUACUACCCCAAUCCGGUUCGAAUGUCAAAAUGGAUUGGUUGUCCUGGCGACAUGCAAGACGACGGCCACGCGACCGGGCUAAUCUGUGUUGAGCCAACUUGUGCCCCCGUAAUUAACAAGUCAUGUAUGCAUGCGUGUAUGUGUGCGUGCGUGCGUGUGUGCCUUAGCGUCACCUUUCCUGCUGUCCCACUCGUCAUGGACCCCGAGACCGCCCUUCUUUUGGUCUCCCUCAGCAGCUACACGCCUUGCCUGCCUGUGGCUUCCUGUCGCCUCCAUGUCGAGGCCGCCUGUUGCCCCCAUGACGAGGCCGCCUCAUUGGCCCAUCUGCCCGGCGUUGCCACAACACCUACGACCAAAGUUGACUCGAUCGUGCGGUCAGACGACCAACAGUUCGGCAUUCCGGCCGACUCAUGUGCCCAUCAGUUGGACACGGAACUCGUCGAGCCGGCAACCAGUCAGGCUCUGAUGCUACUGCGCGCCCAGCAUCCGAUCACUUUUAUCAGUCUCGUCAACGCCUACCUUUCCUACCUCAACUUGACGUCAAGUGAGCUCGACCAGUUCGUGGAAACGCUACGCCGCGAUGAUUCUCCAGUCUCCACUUGCCUCUGCACUGCCACUACGCCAACACCAACACCAACACCUACGCCAGUCGGCAACAUGACCACCGGCCCAACGACACACAUGUUGGGUACCAGCCUGACGAGCGGCUGCAGUCAUACCAAUUCAAGCAUUAACUACAGUACAGGCAGCGCCAACACUUCCAGCUCCAGGUCAUUGUUCACGCCAAUCAAGUUCACCUCCCUCUUUUCUUCCACCGGCGUCAGUGACCAAAGCAAGCAGCGAGGCAAAUUGUAUGCCCAUUUGCUUCUACCGGCAACUCAUCUGCCUCCUAUUCUUUUCGCUGUCCUCCCUCUGGUGCUACUUUUGGGCCCUGCAGACAAGCACAAAUUCAUCCUUCGCAGACCCGGCAAUCAGUGCCAAGUCCGCGAGCUGGAGAGCAUCCUCUUCUCGCCCCGUCCCGUCUCCCAGACCGCCUGUGAGCCAGGCUGCCCGGGCAGAUGUCUACCUUCAUCCUGUUGGAUCCGCGGCGUCUUGAGCGCCUUUGAGGCGCCCGCCAUCGCCUGUCUCUUGACACGAGCUCUCCGACGACGCCAUCUCGAGUUGGGCUACUCGGCCGCCAUUGGCUCACCGCCACCGGCCUCAGCGCUGCCCUGCACAGCCUCACACUUGGGCCAGCAGGGCUGUAUGGAAGCGCAGAAUCAUACGCAUUUGUGGACAGGUUCAACGUCCACUUCACCAUCCUCGUUGGCCUGCGGGCCCAGCAGUCUGGAGUCUGCCGGAGGCGGCUUGAUCCCGCCCCAGAUCCGGCAGAUUCUUCUUCGAAUGCCCGGCGUA